AUGGUCUCCUUUGGCUUCUCGCGCGUCUCCAAACCACCCGCUUCUCCCAGCAGUCUGCCGCCUUCAUCCGCCAAUGCUUCCACCGUGUCACUUACCCCUACCUCUUCGGCUACAACAACCGCAUCCUCGUCGUCAUCCCCACCCCCCACGGCUACCUCUUCCUCCGUGACGGCAUCAACCUCACUUACCCUCAUCGAAGCACUGCGCAACAACCCUUUCGGCACCUCCUCCAAAGCCAAAUGUCCCAUAGCCAUCCUCAACGACGAAGUCGAAAAGGAACACGAGAGAGCAGAGCUUAAUACUAGCCUCGCGAUUCUGGCUGAAUUGUUCCCUGACGUGAAACUCGAGGUAUUCCGUGAACUUCUGGUUCGGUUUGAUGGGAAUAGCAGGCUCCAGGUUUGCGUGGAGCAGCUGUUGCGGUAUCGGAAUGAGUGGGUUAAAGGAAGAUGGAAUGUGCCGGUGGGGACGGAUGCAGUGACCAUAGUGCCGACUCGAAGACGACAGGGAUCGAAUACAGAAGAUGAGGUUGCUACAUGGGCGGCAGAGUUACCGGAAGACGAAAGGUUCAGGAGUGAGAACUACAAGAAAGCCGUCAAAGCUGCUUUAUGCCAUGAAUUUCGGUCGAUUAGCCGAAGUGCUAUCGAAGCGGUUUUGGCAGAGGCUAAUUUCUCGUAUUUCCGGGCUCGCCCAACUUUACGACGCCUAUCCCGUAAGACCUGGCGGGUGGCCUUAGGGAAUAUUCUUUCUUUCAAGAAGACUAAGGAAAAGGAAGAGCCACCUUUGUUGGCAUGGCAGCGACAACCGAAUGGUGAUACUGUACCCUACUUGAAGGAAACAGGAUGUCCGGAACUGGAUAAGGAGUUACAUGAAGCCUUUCUCGAGCCCUUACUUACCCAGAUAAAAGAGAAGCAAGAAGUGGGAGACUACAAAUUGGCACAAGAACUCAACGAGGCUCAUGCCAAAGAGGCCGAUGCGGUAUAUGAGUGCAGCUGCUGCCUCUCAGAUGCCACAUUCGAAGAGAUCUCAAUGUGCUCUUCCAGUUUACACGUCAUUUGCUUUACCUGCAUCCAGCGAACGAUCCAAGAGGCACUAUUCGGCCAGGGCUGGGGAAACUCUAUUGACAACAGCAGGGCCACAUUGCGCUGCUUAGCUCCCUUGCAAGCUGGUACCUGCGAUGGUACCUUGGAUACAACACUCGUCAAGCGGGCGGUUUUAGCUGACAAGGCAGGCGAUGAAGCUUACCAGCAGUUCGAAAACCGCCUUGUUGAAGAGUCUCUCCUUAAAUCUCAAUUGAAACUUGUUCGUUGUCCUUUCUGUUCGUAUGCUGAAUACGACCCUGUCUACCACCCCCCCUCCAAAAGGUUUAGCCUGGCGUUUUCGGCGCGCAAGUUUAUUAUCUAUUGGUUGCAUGAUUUUGGUUUUACUUGA